AUGAUAUCAAACACAAUGCGUUUCAACCAAAAGCAUUACAUUGUUAUGACUCUAGACGUGGAGUACGUAAAAGUACUCGUACAAGACAACAAAGUACAUGGCGCGGUGCUCAUCGGCGAAACUGACCUCGAAGAAGUGAUCGAAAACCUCAUUCUAAACGGCACUGAUAUUGCAUCCGUUAAGGAAGAUUUGUUGAACCCUAACUUGGAUCUGGAGGACUACUAUGAUUGA